AGGAAUUCCAUUGCGCUGACUGUAUCAAUGAUCGACACGCAGCCGGCUGAUGACGAUGGCCCUUGUUGUUUACGGGUGAUCUUUUAAGUUUAGCACAGAGAUAAUCGAUCAAGUGAUUUAAAGAUGGCUCGUUCCGACCUACUGAGGCUUACGUUUGCAUUAAGUAUGUGAUGUGCAGCCAGUCCCAGCACAUCUCGCGCCGACUUCUACCCUGAACGCAGUAACCGGGGCAAGAUGAAUGGUAGGAUCUUCGGCGGAGUUUUCAAGGAGGAACUGGCCGUAACGGUCGAGCAGGCUGUAAAAGCAGCAGUGGAGACGGUAUUGGAGGAGUACGCCAGCCUCUUGGACAACCGUUUUGCCGACUGGCAGCUCGAGAAAUCCGUCAAGGAGAAGGAAAUCGAAAGCCUGAGGCUUAGACUGGAAAUCGCCGAAAAUGAAGCGAGGUCGCUGCGGGAUGAGAUCCUUCGCGAGCGAUUCUCCGAGAAGCCAGGAGGCGAGGGGUCCUGCAGAACAAUUUCAUGCUCGUGGGUCGCUGCACCGACGGUGGACACUUGGGAGCCGCUGCUGCAGCCGGGGAAGAGCGAGCUGCAGAUUUGCGGCGGCGGCGAAGCGGCGCUGAUUCAGGACGGCGGACAGCGGGCUGCGGAUGGAGAGGAGAGAGAAGAUAAAGUGCAGUGUAUCCUAUCUGAAGAAGAUGAGUUAGAAUCAAUUUUCCCACAUGAGAAAGCCAACUUUGGGCAGCAGAAGAGGAAUGUUCAUCAGUUAGGGAGGCAGACAUCAGUAGAAUUUGAGCUGGCCAUCCCAGGACACAGUUCGAACUGUGGGACGCUGAUGGCUGCAGGUUUGGAACCCUCACAAGAUUCUCACAGAUUAGGGUUUAACAGCAUAAAAGAGGAACUGUUUGAUUCGAGAGCUUUCCAAGUUAAAGAAGAGACACAGGAGACAUCUGGAGAAAGUGCUCCUGCCCAACAAGUGGAACAUGACAAAAGGCAAAGCCACUGUCUGCCUGAGAAAGAAGCAGCUUGGUUUAAAAAUGAGAGACUUGAACUCAAAUCUACUUCUCAAGUAGUCAGUGCCGUGUUUGAGGAGGGCGAGGAAGAGGAAGUGGAGGAGCAGGCUGAACCGGAAGUCAUUCCAGUGCCGAGUCAGAACUCUGAACCCCAACACACCAAUAUGGAGCAGUACAGUGUGGAUUCCUUGCAGUGGAGCAUGGAAAGAGAUGAGCAGGCGGACCUUGUUGACCAUGAGCAGGAGCAGGAGGCUAUGGAGCCUGCCUUCUCUCAAAUCGCAUCAGAUCAGAUCAGUGAAUUGACUGAAAGUUUCAGCUGGUCGGAGGCAACCAGCAGGCUGCCCCAGUAUGCAGCAGGAGGUAAGCCAUUCCACUGCACUGACUGCGGCAAAGCUUUUUGCAAGUCUGGCACUUUGCGCCGACAUCAGCUCAUCCACACAGGAGAGAAGCCGUACCGCUGUGUUGAAUGUGGCAGCAGCUUCCGCGACUCGGCCACACUGAAGCGGCACCAACGCACGCACACGGGCGAGAAGCCUUACCGCUGCAGUGAGUGUGGGAAAAGCUUCACCCGAUCUGAGUAUCUGAAAUCCCACCAGCGCAUUCACACUGGAGAGAAGCCAUACCGGUGCAGCCACUGCUGGAGAAGCUUCCGAGGGCCGGGCAUCUUGAAAACUCACCAGCGCAUUCACACGGGCGAGAAACCGUAUCACUGCAGUGAAUGUGGGAAGAACUUCAGCCAUUUGGGAUCCAUUAAAAUACACAUGAAAGUACACAGCAAUGAAAAAUACUGCCGAACUCAUUAGCACAAUGCCAAGCUCUCUGGAUUUUACUGAAUACAAAAUUGUGUAGUCGGCAGGACAAGAAAUGGACUCCAGAUAAGGAUGUUAUUUUUCAUACAAUUGGAAUGCUUUUUUGUAUCACUUGUACAGUAUUUUUUUUUUUAAUUCGACCUGAAAUACCAUUACCAUGUAUUGAAUGUGUUACCUGUAUUCUUAGAAAGCAUCACCAACCAAGUGUCCAAUUUUCUGUUGCUUUUUUAGUAAAGGAAAACAUCUAUGAUGGGA